UCACACCUGCAGAUGUUCACUCUGCUUCCCCCCUUCCUGUAUGCUGCACGUCACCGCACCGGCCGCACAGCCUUGCAGCUCUUUGCACACAGCAUGGAGAGGAGCGCAGUUGUGGGGCUGCUGCUGCUGCUGGCGCUGCCCAACCCCGGGCUGGGUGAGCAAUGCAAUGGGGCUGGGGUGGCCGAUGGGGCUUCUGCGUCACUGCAGGGAGCAGCAGGGCAUGGGGGCAGCCAUCCCCACUCAGCAGUGGCUGUGGGAUGGGUUCCCACUCUCCCAGUAGCACGGUCACAUCUGCGCAUCAUCGGGGGACGCGAGGCCAAGCCCCACUCCCGGCCCUAUAUGGUGUCAGUGCAGGCCAGGGGGGUGCACGUCUGCGGGGGAGCACUGCUGAACCCACGCUGGGUGCUGACGGCUGCACACUGCAUCCCACAGAGUGCCGAUGUCUCCAGGAUGGUGGUGGUGGUGGGGCUGCACCGGCUGUGGGAGCACAGGGACACCCAGAGCUUCUCCAUCCGCGCUGCCUGUCCCCACCCCGGCUACGACAGCCAGACGAUGGAGAAUGACCUCCUCCUGCUGCAGCUGGAGGGGAAGGUGAAGCGCAGCAAAAGGCAUCGACCCAUCGCGCUGCUGCGGAGGGAGCCGGCGGUGGGCACCGUGUGCAGCCUGGCAGGCUGGGGUGGGCGAAAAGGGCUGGCAGCCGCGCUGCAGGAGCUGGAGGUGACCUUGCUGGACAUAAGGAUGUGCAACAACAGCCGCUUCUGGAACGGGGACCUCACACCCACCAUGAUCUGCUUCCAGGGCCGGGGCCACGGCGAAGCCCCCACCAAGGGUGAUUCCGGGGGUCCCCUGGUGUGCGGGCGCCCGGCGGCGGUGGCGGGCGUUGUGUCCUUCAGCAGCCCCAACCCUGCCGACCCCUUCAAGCCCCCGGUGGCCACCUCAGCAGUGAAGCACCGUGUGUGGAUCCGGCGCACGCUGCGGCGUGGCUGCACGGCACAGAUGGAGCAGCCCCGGCUAUUUACACAGGGCAGUCAGCAGCUCAGUGACAAAGCAGCCGGGACCCCGACGAGCACCCAGCCCUGGUGAGCACCGCACUCAGCCAAGCACCCUCAGUAGGAGCAGCACAAAUGGGACCCAGCCCGGCCCCGCGCCUCGCCAUUCGGGGUCCCUCCCUGCUUCGCUCUGGCUGUGUAUCCCCGAGAUGAGGCGACCCCGUCCCCGCAAUAAAGGCUCUGCGAUGCCUGGCGGUGCCGUGCCGAUGCGCGAGCUGAAGCGUGCGGCGCGAGCCUG